GGCAUAACAGAAGAAGACUGCUCACCAGACCCUAAGCCAGACUCAGCGCCAUUAGAACAAAAUUCCUUCUCUCUCCUCUCUCUCUCUCUCUUUCUCGCCUGCCAAACAGACAAAAUUGUUCUUUGCUUUUUCAUAUUAACACCAAAAUUUUACAACCCAGAUGAUGAAAUUCUGGAUUAUCAUUCAUUUCAUGUGCUGCAGUUUCCUCCAAUUUCAUCAUUCCCUGUCUUAGGCACUCAGAAUUUGGAGGAUUUGGUUCGAGAAAGUUGAGGUGAUAUCCAUGGCGCCUUCUGAAAUCGUGGCGGCAUUGUCCGAACCGGCUUCGAGGACGCCGUCGUGCUCUGGCUCUGUUUAUCAUCGGGAUUCUGAGGAUAAACGGCGGUUUGUUGAUCUUAGAGGUGUUCGGUGGCGUAUAAAUCUUGGGGUUUUGCCGUCUUCCUCUUUGGCUUCUAUUGAUCAUCUUCGUCGCGUUACAGCUGAUUCCAGAAGAAGAUAUGCUAUCUUGAGACGACGCCAUCUUGUUGAUCCACACAUUUCCAAGGAUGGAAGCAAUUCUCCUGAUACAAUGGAUAAUCCACUAUCACAAAACCCAGAUAGCUUGUGGGGCCGCUUCUUUCGGAGUGCCGAGCUGGAGAAAAUGGUCGACCAGGAUUUAUCACGUUUAUAUCCAGAACACGGAAGCUACUUCCAGACGCCCGGAUGCCAAGGCUUGCUAAGAAGAAUUUUGUUGCUAUGGUGCCUUCAACAUCCGCAGUUCGGUUAUAGACAAGGAAUGCACGAACUUUUGGCUCCGUUUUUGUACGUUCUUCAUGUUGAUGUGGAGAGGUUUUCUCAAGUGAGAAAGCUUUAUGAAGAUCAAUUUGCUGACAAGUUUGAUGGGGUUUCAUUUCAAGAUGGUAGUUUCAAAUAUAAUUUUGAUUUCAAAAACUGUCUCGAUACGACCAAAGAUGAGUUGGGAGUUCAUGGAAACGAGGAAAAUGUGAAAGGUCUUUCCGAGCUAGAUCCUGAAAUACAAACCAUUAUAUUGUUGACCGAUGCGUAUGGAGCUGAAGGGGAACUAGGCAUCGUCCUUUCGGAACGAUUUAUAGAACAUGACGCGUAUACUAUGUUCGAUGCUUUGAUGAGUGGAGCCCAUGGGGCAGUUGCAAUGGCAGACUUCUUCUCUCCAAUGCCUGCAGGUGGUUCUCUUUCAGGAUUGCCUCCUGUAAUCGAAGCAUCUGCUGCUUUAUACCACUUGCUGUCACAUGUCGAUUCAUCUCUACAUGCUCACCUCGUCGAACUCGGUGUCGAACCACAGUACUUCUUUCUCCGCUGGUUAAGGGUUUUAUUCGGUCGUGAAUUUUUGCUUGAAGAUCUCUUGACGAUUUGGGAUGAAAUAUUUGCAUCGGAUAAUAGCAAAUUCGACAGAAGUGAUGAACCCGAGACAAGCUCCAGCUUCGGCUUCCUUAGCUCGUCUCGUGGUGCGUUUAUCGCUGCUAUUGCUGUUUCUAUGUUACUUUACCUGCGAUCGUCUUUACUUGCCACGGAAAACGCUACUUUAUGUCUCCAGAGAUUGUUGAACUUCCCCAAGGAUGUGGAUUUGCCAAAACUGAUAGAGAAGGCAAAAUCAUGGCAGACGUUAGCAAUGCGUUCUAAUAUCUCAUCUACACCAUUGUUGUCUGGAGCUUAUCACCAUCACAGCAAGUCUUUGGUUGCACGAGGUAAUGGUCGUUCAUCUGGUUCGGUUUCACCGAAAACUCCGUUAAAUCAUGUUCCUGAAAGUUACUGGGAAGAGAAGUGGAGAGUGUUACACAGGGAACAAGAAUGUAAGCAGAGUGGUUCAAGAACUCAAAAUGCAGCACAAAAGAAAGGAUGGUCAGAGAAAGUGAGAUUCUUGUAUAGGACGGAAUCUGACCCGUCUCCAGCAAAGCUUGCUGGAGGCAAGAAGAACACGAAGUCCUCUGUUAGGCGAAGGUUGCUGGCAGAUUUGGCGCGCGAACUUGGUGCAGAGGAAGACAUCGAAAAAUCUCGGAGCGAUGAAGUACUUGAUAAAAAAGACGAUAUCUCUAUAGAAGGGGAGGUGGAUGGACACGAUGGCUGCGAGAACUACUCAGAAAAUGCCGAAGACAAGAGAUUGGAGAGCGGAAUUGUUGGCAGUGAAGAAAACUCUUCAGUAUUCUCGGACCCAACAAGUUCCUUCAGUGGAGCAAACGAUAAUGAGAACGACGUAAAUGACUCGAGCAGAAGCAGCGUUGCGUCUAGUUUGUCCCUGGAUGAAAACGAUGACCAGUCACAGUCUGUCGUGGAAGGGUCGCCUCUUCCGGUUCCCGAUCAGCUUGAGAACAUCCCUGAAAAAUCUGGGUGCAACCAUGAUUCCGAGGGCAACGUAUCCGUAGGAACAAGGGAUAAGAAACUUCUAGGGAAAUUUCCUUGGUUUUGGAAGUUUGUCAGGAACGCUUCUAGCGAGGGGAAAGGUGGCGUCGAGGCUUCGAAAUCGACUGGAGUCGAGAGUAAUCCGAUAAAGAAUAUUGGUUCACCUAAAACUGAUGGGGCUUGUAGUACUUCUGGUAGCGGGAAAGGAGAUGGUGUGGAUCAGAACAUGAUGGGGACUCUCAAGAAUCUUGGUCAAUCUAUGCUCGAACACAUUCAGGUUAUCGAAACCGUAUUUCAGCAAGAUCGGGUUCAAGUAGGAUCGCUGGAGAACUUGUCGAAGAACCCUUUAGUUGGCAAAGGACAAGUAACAGCCAUGGCAGCUCUGAAGGAGCUUCGGAAGAUCAGCAAUCUCUUAUCUGAGAUGUAAGACACUUCUAUUCUUAUUGUAUCUGUAUAUACAAUUUGUAAUUAUAUUUCUAGUGGCGUAAUGAUAUUGAGUUUUAUCUGUACUACCCCCCUCUUUCGAUACGUCGAGUUAAAAUCUGUAGUGUCGUUACAACGACACGACACCGAGCUUUUGUACUGAGGAGGCUAAGCUAGAAUAAAACGGAUACAAAAUUUUGUUCCAGUUACCUGUCAUUUCUGAGCAUUAGGGGGCUCCGUUUGUGUUGUUUUGGUUGAAAUUUUUUUGUAAAGUGGCUUGAGAACA